AUGUUACUACCCGUGUACUUGCUGGCUCUAGGUUCGACGGUCUUCCAGGUGGUUGCAGGGCGGAGCCUGGAAUUCUCUUGCGGAACCGUCAUCGACCAGGACGCGGUUGUAGCAGCAGAGAGCCACUUUGCAUCCCAUAAGGUCCCUGUGCUUCAACAAGGACGCAUCCACACCCCAGAGACGACAAUCAAAGUCUAUUUCCAUGUCAUAGCCGCGAAUGAGACACUUCCUGGUGGAUGGAUUCCAGAUUCCCAAAUUCAAGCCCAGAUAGACGUUUUGAAUCACGACUACGCGUCCACCGGCUUUGUCUUCAAACUCGAGAAAGUCAAUCGUAUCAUCAACGAGAAAGCCUUCAGAGAUUUAGGUCCCGACCAAGCCAUCCAAGAUGAAGUCAAAGCCUCUCUUCGCGUGGGAGGGGUACAGGAUCUCAACGUCUACACCGUCGGCUUUGGCGCAGAACAUAAUAACUUCCUCCUGGGUUAUGCUACCUUCCCGGUGGACUACAGCUCGAAACCAUGGGACGACGGCGUAGUGAUUUUAUACUCAUCCCUUCCCGGUGGAAGUAUGACAAACUAUAACGGUGGUCAGACGUUGACUCACGAAGCCGGUCAUUGGUUCGGAUUAUACCAUACCUUCCAAGGGGGCUGCGAAGGAGAUGGCGACUAUGUCGACGAUACGCCGCCGGAAGAGUCUCCUUCGCGUGGUUGUCCCAUUGGCCGAGAUACUUGCCCUGGGGAUGGACCUGACCCUAUCCACAAUUACAUGGACUAUUCCGUCGAUUCUUGCAUGGAGGAAUUCACACUAGGCCAGACCAAGCGAAUGAAAGAACAGCUGGCAACAUAUCGAGGCUUCAAGUUCUGA